AGGAGGAAGAGGAUCUAAGGGGAAUGAGUGGGUUUUGCGGAUUUACGAAUUUCUCUAUAUAAACCAGAAGGUUUGGGUUGGAAAUCUGCUAAAGAAAAAACUUACAACAGACCACAGGGCUGUAAAUCCAGAGACUGGAAGGAGGAAAAGAGAAACAGUGUGUGUGGCUGCAGUGUUUGUGGUUAGAUGAGAACCAAGCGCUGAGCAGGACAGCGAAGGGGGUGGCUGGCAUGCUUUGCUCUGCUCUCAGAGCCAACACAAGUCGCGGAGCGCGCUGACACCACGGAGCACGAUCUCGGGGCCCUCUGUGCCGCCCAGGGUCCUGCGCAUCUGCUUGCCCCGCGCUCCGCCCUGCGCCGGCCGCGUCUUCGGGGUCCCCGCGCCCCUACCCUGAGCGCUUCCGCCUGCGCUGAGCUCCCUGCGCGCCUGCAGCCCCAGCGCGGCAGCAGCGGGAACUCUUCUCUCCCGUGUUGGGACCCCACAGCUUGGACGACAGGGACCCCAGGACGCCUCCAUCACGUCAAGGCAGAAUGUUCUGGAAGCUUUCCGUGUCCUUACUCCUCAUGGCUGCGCUGGAGAAGGUGGAGGAUGCCCAAAGGGCCCGACCAGCUGGAUCCAUCCCCUCGCCCCGCAAGGAUGGAAGCCCCGAAAGCACGGGGAGAUGGCAGCUCAUCAAGGAGGUGCUGGCCUCGAGCCAGGAGGCCCUGGUGGUCACAGAGCGCAGGUAUCUGCGGAGCGACUGGUGCAAGACGCAGCCGCUGCGGCAGACGGUGCACGAGGAGGGCUGCCACAGCCGCACGGUACUCAACCGCUUCUGCUAUGGCCAGUGCAACUCUUUCUUCAUCCCCAGACCCGGGGGUGGGAGCUGGGGCUCCUUCCAGUCCUGCGCCUUCUGCAGGCCCCAGCGCGCUGCUGCGCUGUUAGUGGAGCUGCAGUGCCCCGGCCGGGACCCCCCCUUCCACUUGCGAAAGAUCCAGAAGGUGAAGCAGUGCAAGUGCAUGUCCGUGACCCUUGGCUCAGACGAGCCAUGAGCUGGGACGUGACUCCCCGUGUUCCUCUGUCCCCGUAUACGUCCCCAUGUGCACCGUGUCCCCGGCGGCAGACACGUGUCCCGCGCCCAAGGUGUCCUCGUCGCAGCAGAGCAGCCCACGGAGCCUUGCGGCCGCGCUCCUGACCUCCCCGGUCCCUGCACCUCCCCCGCAGGGCUGCGCACCGCCAAGGACGGCGACGGAAAACCCUGCCUGCCAGGUGGUCGGCAAGAACCUUACGGUGACACAGCCUGUCUAGCAUCGCCCUUCCCACGAAGCGGAGAAAUGGAUCUCUCCCUGGCCUGGCCUGGUGGCCUGGAGGGCACUCCCUCAAACCUCUCCCGGGAGCCCCUGGCCUCGCUGAGAUGUUCCCCCUGGUGAGCCCAGGCUGCCCUCUGUGUGGCUGGGACGCAGGUCUGGCCAACACUGGUGGAUACGGAGGUUCUCCUGACAAACUUGAUGUCGAGGGGACAACUUGAGCACCUUGGAUCAUGAGGCGGGGUCCCCAGGGACCUGCUCACAGAAGCUACCCCUGCCUCCUUCGCCUUACUCCCAGCAGGUGUGUGGACUAAAGAUGAACUCUGGUGUUACCUGUUUAUCGCUAUAAUUAGAAUGUUAUCACACAAAGAUCUCCUGUGGACACUGGUUUUUACACUGACCUAUAUCGGCUCUGGCUUUCAGCUCCAAUCUGAGGAAGGACCAGAGCAGGUGGUGAUCUGCCUGGAGGUGUUUUACUCAGAAGUAAUGAUUCUUACGUUGAGCAAGGACAUGGGAGGAGUUAUGAUUUUACACUGAAUAAUGCUUCACUGAAAGUACGAAAGCACAGCCACGCCAUGUAGAAAUUGGGUUGGGAUGGAUGGAUGCAGGAAGGAGAAUUCGCUGAGAAGUUGUUUGCCUGAAACUCAAAAGCCCCUUUAAUAUUUAACGGACAACUGUGAGUGAGAAGGCUUACUGUUUCCCUGCCGUGACAGCAGGCAAAAAAUGUUUCUUGUUAAAAGAGAGAAAACCAGAGUUCCUGUCGUGGCUCAGUGGUUAGCGAAUCCAACUAGGAACCAUGAGGUUGCAGGUUCGGUCCCUGGCCUUGC